AGAAAAGUAUUGAGAAGAUGAGAAGAUAAUACUGUUUGUGAGAUGCCCUACUUCUACCAUUUUGUAGACAAGGUUUAUGAUGCUCCUACAACUACUUUAAGGAAGCUUACUCUUGAGCGUACUAGAUCUUUGCAAGCCAUGCCAAGACAAGUAAAAUCUGGCUACCUCCUACAUUUUAAAAAAAGAAUGCUGGGACGGAGCUGGCGUGAGAUGUACGUUGUACUGUACGAGGAUAGUAGUUUGGUUUGGUUCAGAGAUAGGGACGCCAAGUUAGCCGAGGGAUCUCUCAGACUCCUAGACUCUCCUGAUCUCAUCGCAGCCGGCCAGUUUGUAUGCCGGGUGCCGAAUCCUCCCAGUCUUCAGCCUGGCUGCUGCAACAACCUCGCUAUCGCCAUCAGCUCCUCUGUCAAGAAGAAAGCCCAAUGGUUCCUCACUAAAUCACAGAUGGACCUCAUAGACUGGAUGAAGGCAAUAAACUCUACGCUGCCCCCACCCCCUCCACCUCCUCUUGAAGACUGGAACAUCAAUCAACAGAACUUUUUAAACCUGGAGAACCCACCAAAAGCAAUGAAUCCCUUGAUAACAAGUAACAGCCAGGCUCUUCUAUCACGUAGCAACACCACCCAACUACAAUUGCCGCUACACGUGGGCUCAAAGACGACCUUGCAGAGUAGUGAGUUCAAGCAGAACGGUCCAGAGCUAAGACGUUGUAGUUUAUCCAGCCCCUGUCUCUUUCCUACGGAUGAGAAUAGUUUGCCAUCAUCAAUGGACUUGAGAACCUCAGGAGGUGAAGAGUUAAUGUUCAUUGCUGGGCUGGCUUCUGGAUGGGGCACUGGGAACGGUUGGUUACACAGCUAUGAGUUUUGUGGAACUUGUGCUCUGCUGGAAUCUAAUAUGGGUACUUCUCCACUAGUUCACUCAAUGCCAGGGUUUGAUGAUGAACCAGACUGCGAUGUCGGAGAUACAGAUGUUGGAGCAGACUUUGGAGAUUUUGGUUUCUAAACUGAAAAGCUAUUGCCAAACAGAAAGUUAGACAUUUUAUUUAUGAUGCAACCUCCUUCUAGAAGAAUACUAUGUUAUUUGUUGUUGAAUGAUAUAUACAUAAAGUAAUAUGGCUGUAUAUAAUAUAAAAUGUUUCUAUUCAAGAAAGAACCGGAACUAUUGCAUUUUACACAAAAGAACUGUUUUUAUUGAAAAACCUGGGUUGACUGCUGAGCACAGAGAUUAUGGAUUUCAGUAAGGUGUUAAUUGUACACAAACUACAUCUAGUAAAGAAACUUAUAAAUACUAUUUUUAACUCUUUUAAAUGCGGCAUAUACACUGUUCAGUACUUUGUAAAUGUAUUUUAAAUUGUACGGAUUGUAUUAUAAUAUCUUACAUCGAAAAGGAAAGAAAAAUAAUAUUUGAAGAGACUAAUGAUUACUCUCUACAAACUCAAUCUGACGCCAUCUGACGAUAUCUUUGCAACCUGAUGCUAUUUACUUUUUCUAUUUCAAACUUUGAGUUCUGCAAUAUCAAAAAGUCAAAGAUCAAACAAUCAAAGGUGUACUCUAUAAGUUGCAAAGAUUUGGGGAUUAGAAAAUUAUAAAUUGAUGCGAUAAAUCAGUAAUGAAUGAGGUGAACAAACUUGGAAUUAUUUCAUCUCAAAAGUACUUAUUUUACAUUCAUGUUAAUGUAAAUAUAUUUACAUCUGCAGUGAUAACCAGAAAACAUUGGAAUAAGAAGACACUAUCGCAUUACUUACGUGUAUUUGGUAGUGUUACAAGGUGAAUAGUUUUAAUAGACACUUAUUAAGUCACCGAUUUAGUAAAAUCUUUACACUGCAUAAUAGCUGUGUCUCAUGCUCAUUAGACUUUUAAAAAUAAUAACUUGAUUCUAAAAGUCGUCUUCCUAUUUUUUAAAGUUUUCGUGUUCUUACUGUAUCUUCUAAAAACUUUUCAACACUGCCCUAGCUCACCUGCAUUAUUAAACCACAUAAACCACAUUACUUCUAAUAAACAGAUAAGCCAGAUAAUUUGCUGACCAUUAUUUUAAAACCAAUCUGACCUGCAAAACAUCAUCUGCCAAACAUUAAUCGCUGGAACGUAAAUUUAACAAUUUCCUUCCACAGUGGUUGAACACAAUUUUUGACUGUUUAUAUUGAAAAUACACAAUUUCUUUUACUGAAAACCACAGUUUAUCUUCUUGAAAACUAUCUACAGUGACCAAACCCCCAGCAUUAAAUAUAUUUGUAUUAGAUUCAUGUUUUAUUGUUUUCCUAAUGGAGUCGAGAAUAAAAACUAUCUUUUAAAGUUUUUAAAUUCUCUCACAUAAUCUUCGUUGGUGUUACAUCCUGAACUUGAAAACCAUGUUUAGAUUUUGAAUCUUUAUUUUGAUAUUUGUAUCCCGUUGUUUCAUGAACUGUUUAAACUUGCUACAUUUUAGUAGUAACAAUAUAUAUAUACUAUUUGUUAAAGUUAAUUGGUAGAAAAUAUAGACUUGUAGAAACAAGACAAUAUCAGAGCUUAUACCAAUGUGUUCUAUAUAUGUAUACGUAUCUUGUGUGUGUGUUUGUUUCAAAGCGGCUGAACUGAGCAGG